GUGCCGGGGUCCGCGUGGAUACUUACUGUCGGGGGCGGCGUGCGCGGCUGAGGGUUUAAACUGCCGACGGAAGUGAGCGGUCUUGCUUCGGCAAAUCUUCGCGAACGUCCGCCUUUCCGAGUUGAGGCGGGCAGCGGCCGGGCGGCCCGGCCUGCGGCGGCGGCGGCGGCGGCGGCGGCUUGAGGGAGCGCGAGAGGGGCGCGCCAUGUUCGCCCGGCGCCCUGGCUGCGGGCUCGGCGGCCUGCGGCUCAGCCCGCUCGGAGUUGGGGCGCGCGGAGCUGGCCCGGCCCGGCCGCACGGCGGAGACGGAGACGGAGGCGGAGGCGAGCGGCAGCCGUGCUCCGAGCCCCCGCCCCCGCCAGGCCCCUCGCGCGGGAGCCUGAGGGCGUGGGCGCUGCGGGUGAGCCCGCUCGGCCGGCUGCGCGCGCGGCUGCCGUGCCACGUGACCGUGCGGCCGCUGGACCCGCUCGCCCACCCGGCGGGCGACCGCGUGCUGGUGGCGCUGCGCGCCGCGGAGGGCGGGGCGCGGGCCCCGGGCGGGCUGCGGCUGGAGCGCGGCGGGGCGCCGACGGAGGUGGCCGUCGUGUCGGACGCCCUCGACCCCGGGGCGUCCGUGGACGUGAGCGCGCCCCUGCAGUUUGAUCUGAAUAUCAAGGCAUCAGGGUCUGGUUGUGUAGAAGUCCAAAAUAUUGAGUGUGAUAAUUAUUGCAGAAUUGAAACUGAGCAGGGGACUGCCAUCUUACAGUCUGUUAAGAGUAAAAAAUUACAUGUUCAAACAAAAGGAGGCAAAGUUAUCUGUCUGGGAACAGUUUAUGGAAAUAUAGAUAUUCAUGCAUCAGAUAAAAGUACUGUGACCAUAGAUAAACUGCAAGGAAGUACUGUUAAUAUAUCUACUGAAGAUGGUUUACUGGAAGCCAAAUAUCUUUAUACAGAAUCAUCAUUUCUGUCUUCUAUUGCUGGAGAUAUUACAUUAGGAAGUGUUCAUGGUGAUAUAACGUUACAAAGCAAGAUGGGAAAUAUCGUAGUAGACUCAUCCUCUGGAUGUCUAAAGGCCACAACUCAUCAGGGUGCAAUAGAUGUGUAUGUCAGCCAUCUAGGGCAAGUGGAGUUGAAAUCCCAUAAAGGCUCUAUUCUUGUCAAGGUCGCACCUUCCAUUCAAGCUUAUUUACAGUUAUCAGGGAAAGAGGUUAAUGUAAACUCAGAAGUCCAUGUUCAAGAAAUGACUGAAGUUCACAAAGAGGAUGGCGUAAUUAUUACUGUCACAGAGAGAGAGGCAGAGACACAGGCAGAAGGAGAAGCAGGCUCCUCGCAGGGAACCGAAUACGGGACUCCAUCCCCGGACAAAGAUCAUGCCCUGAGCCAAAGGCAGAGGCUCAACCACUGAGCCACCCAGGCGUCCCUUGACCCUAGUAAUAUAAAGCAAUAAUAUAAAUCUGUUUAAUAAUGUUCUGAAUUAUAGCAUAAUUAAAUUAUUUUACAUAUGUUAAGAAUGUUUGAAUUAGAAAUUAUUUUGUCAUUUUUUGUUCUGUUACUCAUAGCAUCUUGUGUCUUUCUGAAAUUUACUUUUAGCUUUAAUUUAGUUUUAAAACCCUAUUUUCAACGCUUUAGCCAUUAAAAAAAAUAAUAAACCUCAUUAAAUGAUUUAAGAACACUUACUAGUCCUGUCACUGGAUGAAAUCAGUAUUUCCAGACCUGAGCUCUCUUUUUUCUGGCCCAUCCUUAUUCUGUUAAACUAGUACUACCUCAAGCAUAAUAUAUUUGAAAACAAACAUCAUCUUUCCUUUGCCUAGCUCCUGUCUUCUGUAUUUUCCUUUAUUUGGUCAGUCACUCAACAAACUUUUAUUGAUUAUUGAAUCAAGCACUGCUAGAAAUUGUGAAUAAAAGAUCUCUCUGUCAUCUGGGAAGUUCAUAUCCUAGUAAGACAAAUCAAUGAACACAAUGAAGUGGAAUAAAUGUAUUAAUUUUAUGUAUAUGAUAUAGUGGAAGGGUUUAUAUGACACAUCUAAAUUAGACUAGCAUUAUGAGUUUGAAGAAGUGAGAGAAGUCCAGCAUACCUGGAGUAUAGCGAGUAGGGGAAAAUGGUAUAAAGGAAGGCUGGAGGGCAGCCCAGGUGGCUCAGCAGGUUAGCGCCGCAUUCGGCCCAGGUCGUGGUCCUGGAGUACCGGGAUCGAGUCCCAUGUCGGGCACCUGACAUGGAGCCUCUUCUCCCUCUGCCUGUGUCUCUACCUCUCUCGCUCUCUCUGUGUCUCUCAUGAAUAAAUAAAUGAAAUUAAAAAAAAAAAAAAGGCUGGAGACUUUGGGAGGUGUCAGAUCAUAUAAGGCUGAUUUGGAUUUUAUACUAAGUGCAUUGCAAAGGCACCAGAAGGUUUUCAUCUGGGUUUACACAACCAAAUAAAUCUAUGCAUUACAAAGAUCAUUGAAUGUUGAGUGGAGAAAGAUUGGAAAGAGCAAUGGUGAGUGAAGGAAAAGCUAAUUAGCAUGGUACUGUAGUAAAUCAGGAGACCAAGGUCAGUGGCCUGGACUCCACAGUAAUCUAUCUUAAACUCCACAAACAAAUACAUAAACCUUCAAAAAUUUUGGUUGAAGAAAUAGAUGAAUGCUAUGAGGAAGAUAACACGCUUACUUCAUGAGCUAUUAUGAGGCUCCUCAGAGUAUUUAAUUCUUUUUGUGUUAUAUGUUAUUAUGUCUUAUACUCCAGCCCUCCUUCCUAAACCAGGAAGGCCCAAGUUGCAGAAUGAAGUUUAUUUCCCGCCCACAGCGUAAGAAUCUAGGUACUUAAAAAAAAAAAAAUCUAGAUACUGAUCAACAGAAUUUUUUUCUUUUUUUUAACUUAUUUUUAAUGACUUUAUUGAGAUUUUCUUUUUAAGAUUUUAUUUAUUUAUUCAUGAGAGGCACAGAGAGAGAGAGAGGCAGAGAAAGCAGGCAGAGGGAAAGCAGGCUCCAUGCAGGAAGCCCAAUGUGGGACUCGAUUCCUGUACUCCGGGAUCACGCCCCGAGCUGAAGGCAAACUCUAAACUGCUGAGCCACCCAGGCGUCCCCAGAAUUUUUUCAUAGAG